CGGCAGCAAAAAAAAAUUCUGUGGAGAAACAGGUGCAAUUGAACUGUUUCAGGCGUCGCGUAUCAGCAUUACAGGAAUAGAGCCGCGACUCAAGGGCAGGAAUGGCAGCACACGGCGGGUUCAACAGCAUUUUGCUGGCCAGUUUACUGGUAAUGGGGCUUGGAGUUACUUCGUUGUCUGCACAAACGGCAACAUGUGGGAUUCCACCGAAUUAUCCUCUUGCAGUUCCAAAUGAUGAGUUUGCAACAAUAGAUACAUUUAUUAACGGAACUAGUGUAACGUACCAGUGCAUCCCUGGAUACUCUUCAAAAGGUGGAUCUCGCACCAUUACUUGCAUUAGUGGAAUGUGGACACAAUUGACCCUGGUUUGUGAAAAAAAAUCGUGUGGUGCUUUACCAGAACUGUUAGAUGGCCAGUAUGAAGCUUCUGAUCAUCUCUUUGGUGACACAGCUCAAGCUUUCUGUAAUGAAGGAUAUAAUCUUGUUGGCAAAAACUCCAUACAGUGUUUGGCCAAUGGCCAGUGGGAUGUAAGCAAUGCAAUUUGUGAAAUUGUUAAGUGUCCAGAUCCUCCGGAGAUUGUUAAUGGUACUAUUGUUAUUCCACCAUCUGGAACAGUCACCUUUAACUCGGUUAUAACAUAUAAGUGCACAGUAGGGGAUAUGAUUGGAGAAAAUUCCAUUACCUGCACUCUGCAUGGAAACUACAGUAAUGCUCCUCCACAGUGUAAAGUAAUUAACUGCGCUGAUGUGACAGUGACGAAUGGAAAAAAGGAAAGUGGUUUUACUCCCCCUUAUAAACUGAACUACGCCAUUACAUUUUCAUGUAAAGCUGGAUUUGUAAUGAACGGCAGUAGCACAAUUGUAUGUAGAGAAGACAAUCAAUGGUCUCCUUCACCUCCAAUGUGUGUGGCUGUGACCACGACGACUACUACAAUUUCACCUAAAACAGACUCUUCAUCUACAACCAAAGGACCCAACAAUGCAGGCACUUCCUCAGCAGCAGUGAAUGCCAGUGGCAAGGAUGAUGAUAAUGAUGCAGCUUUGAUUGUUGGAAACCCUCUUCUUCUUCUUCUUGGACUGGCAGUAUUUCACUUGAUUCUGCUGGUUGGACAGAGUCCUGCUUUAUAGGUGGACUUAACAUUAAUCUCUGAAGUUUAUAAGUCGUCUGUCAUGAAGAGGAGCUGUUGUGGUGUUUAGGUGGGUCACUUUUAAGGAGCGCAGACACUUCUCAAUCUUUGAUUCAAGCCAGUAUAGUAAUAUGAGGACAAGUGAAGCUGUGCUCUUUUGUUUUGUUUAAUAAACCUAUUCUAGGGAAUAGAAUUGCUUUUUUGCACAUAAUGAUUCUUGUUAAGUGUUUUGUAUCUGAACAAUUGUACCCAGGAUUAAAUGUAAAUGCAUUUUAUUUGUAAAUCUCUGGUAUACUAUUCCUUAAUUGUUAUAAAGUUGCUUUAUUUGAGGUACGUUUUUAGUUUGUUUGACAAAACCUGAAACAGGAGCUUCUAACAUAAUUCCAGUCAAGUUUUUAUUCAUUAUAAUCACCAUUAUUCAAACUAUAAAAUAACAUGAUCAAGUAUCCUGCAUGUAAACACAGUUUGUCUAUGAGCUUCUUAUAAAGUCUUCCUAGGACACUAGUUGUGUUAAUGUAUACAUCAUAGUAUAAUAAUGUUCCCACUCUGCAGCAAGCUGCUAGUGUAAGUGUACAAAUUAAGAGAAAAUUCCCGUGUUGCAGCUUGGCUUGUAUCUUAACGCGUCACAAACUUCAGGUAGGACUCCCCACCAUGUAGUAAUUUGUGUUUGAGCCUUUCAGACACUGAAGAUGUGAAUUUAUUUAAUUACUGUAAAUGCACAUUUGGGUUUGCAUGAUAGAAGAAUGAAUUGGUUUUUAUGGAGCUGCUUACUGCAUUUUGGGGUGUGUCGUAUAUCAUCAGACCCAAAUGUUUUUUUAAUAUAUUGUACAUAAUGUUUUGUAAUUUAAUAUAUU